CAUAACUUUUGAAGGAUUGUUAAAACAGUGGCGAGGUUGCCGUACGGUCAUGCCUGGGUUCACAUGCUGCGUGCCUGGAUGCUACAACAAUUCCCACCGGGACCGCGAGCUGCGCUUCUACACCUUCCCAAAGGAUCCCACUCAGCGGGAGAUCUGGCUCAAGAACAUCUCGCGGGCCGGAGUGAGCGGCUGCUUCAGUACUUUCCAGCCCACGACUGGGCACCGGGUCUGCAGUGUCCAUUUCCCCGGAGGUAGAAAGACCUACACGAUACGGGUGCCAACCCUGUUCCCGCUCCGCGGAGUAAACGAGCGAAGGAGUCGGCGGGGCAGGAGCAGAAAGGUACCCGCGACUGUGCCCAUCAUCACCAGCGUAGUGUCGAUCGGCAGCGAGGCUGCGCCGAUCGAAGGAGAGGGCAACACGGACACGACCGUGGUGCAGAUAGGGCAGAACGGCCAGUACAUCACGCCCGUGGACGUGACCGCCGCAGCGGAUGAUGGCUCGUGCCCCGUGGCGGUCUCCCACCCGGAGGAUUUCGCCGGGUCUAGUCCGAUUGGCCCCAUGCAGGCCGCCGCCGGCCAGUGUAGUGGGCUAUACGGAGAGGACCACUCGUACUCACUGACCAACGGAACGACCUCCGCCGAGCUGCUCAGGAAGCUCAACGAGCAGCGUGACAUUAUCGCGCUCAUGGAAGUGAAGAUGAAGGAGAUGAAGAACACCAUCCGUCAGCUGCGCGUCACCGAAGCGCGCCUACAGGAGGACCUGCGCGAGAGGGACCGCAUGCUGUCCGCUGCCGUUUCAGUGAGGAAGAAAGUCUGACAGACGACCGGGAUUUACUUAAUGACGAGCUAAAGAGCAAAAAACAGUGUUUUCAGUGCUCCUGAGAAUUACGGCUGCAAGGCGACGACAAUUGACUUUCAUUGUAGUUCAUUUGCUCGACCAAGUUCUCUUGUCUUUACGCUACUUCUACCGUUAGUAGUUAGGCGUCGUGUAAUAGCAGGAUGCUAAAGUAAAUGAGUAGGUCACCUGUGUGUAUGUUUAGAACUGUCACACACUCGCGAGUAGCUCGGACUGAGACGUUUAAUAGACUGUUUUUCAUUUUUAAUCCGUUGUACUUUUCUUUUUCAGUUCGUGAUGAAGGGAGGUUUUCCUUUCUGCUGCAGCUCGAGAUUCGCCAACUGCCACCACAUAUGAAUAAACGCAGCCUUCACUCACACGAACUGUUUGUUUUUGAGUGAAGGCAUUUCAUGUGUUUGAGUACAUAACAAGCUUUGUUCCUCUAUUUUUUUGAUAUGAGUGAUCAGAGGAUUUGUUACUGAAUGAUGGAUCCUCACCUGUUUGUAAAGGAUAACUGAGGGCUUGAAGUAAAAAAUGAAAAA